AUGCAGCCAAGCGGAACUUUGCCGAAGAUCAAUGCAGGACUCGACCGCAGCCGGUCUAUCGAUGAGACCGGUCCAAUUGGUCACAACUUGUCGGUGACGUUGGAGAGGGAGUAUAUGGUCAGUUUUGACAUGGAUCCCUCCAUGGAUCCUCGAAACAUAGGCUACGGAAGGAAAUGGGUCAUUGUUGUGAUUGUUUCUCUCGGAUCUCUCUGCGUGACUUGCACGUCAUCUAUGUACACAAUGACGUACCGCCAACUGACAGAAGAGUUUGGCUGUUCGUCUUUGAUAGCCACUCUAGGGCUUGCUACUUAUAUUUUCGGACUUGGAAUCGGUCCACUGUUUCUGGCGCCCCUCUCGGAGUUGUACGGUCGACGAAACAUCUACAUUGUAUCAUUUACUCUCUUCCUCAUGUGGCUUGUUCCCUGCGCAGUAGCCCGCAACAUCCAGACUAUGAUCAUAGCGCGGUUCUUUAAUGGCCUGUCCGGGAGCGCGUUUCUGAGUGUCGCCGGCGGCACAGUUGGUGACCUCUUCAACCGGCAGGAGCUCGCGGCGCCGAUGAUGUUCUACACUGCGAGCCCGUUUAUUGGUCCUGAGAUUGGUCCUCUUGUUGGAGGCUUCAUCAAUACAUUCACCACAUGGCGCUGGAUAUUUUACGUCCUCAUAAUAUGGACUGCUUUGAUUCUGGUGCUUAUCUGUGUUUGUGUGCCGGAAACCUACCAACCGCUGCUCUUGAAGCGCAUGGCAGUCAACCUUCGCAACGAAACCGGAGAUAAUCGGUGGAAGGCCCCUACUGAGAAGUCCUACACCUCCGUCCUGCACAUGAUCCGCUCUUCCGUAUACAGACCGAUGCAGCUGUUGGCAUUUGAACCAAUGUGCAUGAAUCUGUGCAUAUUCUCUGCCAUAUUGCUAGGCAUUCUAUAUCUCUUCUUUGGUGCCUUUCAGCUGGUCUUCUCCCAUGUCUAUGGCUUCAAUCUCUGGCAAAUCGGCUGUUCGUUUCUGGGGAUCCUUGUCGGAAUGGUAGCAGCAAUCCUGACGGAUCCCCUGUGGCGCAGGAAUUAUGCCCGUCUCGAACGCAAACAUCAAGAAGCCGUUGGGGAGAAGAACGAAUUCAUGCCAGAAUGGCGACUACCUCCUGCAAUUGGUGGAGCUCCGCUUGUAACAAUUGGACUCUUCAUUUUCGCAUGGACAAUCUAUCCACAUGUCCACUGGGUGGUGCCGAUUAUCGGAAGCGCGAUAUUUGGAGCAGGCACUGUUCUAGUCUACUCUGGUGUAUUUACAUUUCUAGUGGACGCGUAUCCGACAUAUGCUGCGAGCGCUUUGGCUGCCAACAGUUUCGCACGUUCAACGUUUGCAGGUGUCUUUCCCCUGUUUGGCGUGCAAAUGUACGACAGACUCGGCUAUCACUGGGCGACGUCGCUGCUAGCCUUUCUGACGCUCAUAAUGGCGCCCUUCCCAUAUGUAUUCUUCCGCUACGGCAGUCGGAUCCGGAAGAAAAGUCGAUUUGCAACAUCACUCACCUGA